AUGUUGGAAAGAUUAGGACUCAGUGGUCAGCCACUCUCUGGAGCUGAUAUUGGUGGAAUUGCUGGAAAUGCAACACCCAAGCCUUUUGGAUGGUUGAUGGGUGUGGGAGCUAUGUUUCCUUUCAUUCUGAAAAGAGCCCAAGUGAUCUUGAGCCAUGGUCUCUUGGGAAGAGAUCCAACAGAUCCUGGCUUAAGGACCACUGAGAAUUCCUUCCUGCUGGGUCCUCUUCUUGUCUAUUCAAGCACCAUUGCUGAUCAGGGAAUGGAUAAAUUGCAUCCAUUGCUGCCCAAGGGAAUCUGGUUGAGAUUUGAUGAUUUACCAACAUUAUAUUUGCAAGGAGGAUCAAUAAUUCCUUUGCCCCCCUCUCAUCAGCAUGUUGGUGAAGCUAAUUUGUCAGAUGACUAG